AUGGCAUACCAAGUAGUGCAUGCUGCCCCGCAGACGGAAGACUUCACCGCUCUCUCUGCUCAUCAAGAACAAACUCCUGGCACCUUCUUUGGUGGAAGACCGGUGCUACACUUCCAAUGUCCAAACGCUACAGUAAGGAUAACGAGGCCGGAGCUGGAUACGCAACCGGACUUUGCAGCACUUCUUCAGACACAAACAACAGCGUCUGCUGAUGAGCUUGUGGAAGCUCGCGGUAUCGAUGUAUGGGUGACCUCGAGGAAUCUUGCUCUCUGGAAUACUGCGGCGUCACAUGGACUUGAGAUCCCGUAUCCAACUAUUGGUCUACAUGCACAGGAUGGAAAUGCUGUGCUCCUCCAGCUCAUACUCUCUGAUCAGGACGCCACUGAGGACGAGGAUCUUCAAUCUCUCCAGUUACGGAUCGUACCCACGACGAGCGACUCCAUCAUCGUCAGCGAGCCCUCGGCUGAGCAUGAGAGUGGUGCACCAGGUAACGGUGACAGUCAUCCCAUGUCGCCAGAGCAGCGCCUCUACGAUGCCAUCUCAGCUUGCCAAGAGCUGAACCCAGAUCCAAACCCGGACGAUGAGGAUGAAGGCACCGACGAAACCAUCCCAGGUGCUACUGGCUGGAUCACGUCUGAAAACAUGGCGCAGUUUAUGGACGCCGAGGGCAACUUCCGCAUUCCGCAGGAUGUCGAUGAUCCAGGCGAAGACGGCAUCAACGGAGUAGCUGAUGGCCAAUCAAGUGGCCAUGAUCUGGGCAAUGGCGCGGGGACGAGGCGAACGGCGGCCGAAGUUGAU